CUCAUCAGUGAGGACGCAGACAUCUCUCAGCGAGCACAUGAUGAGCAUCAGCGAGGUCUACCCCAACAGGCAGCUCACCUAUGUUGUCUACGGCCUGGAGAAGUACUUCAAGCAGCAGAAGAGUCGAGCCAACGCAGAGUAUCGAGCCCUGGUAUUGGGCUCGCAGCCGGCAGUCCGGAGGCGCAAGCCGGGUGUCUACGACGGAGUGCCCCUCUCCCGCAAAGACAUCCAGGAGACGCUGGUGCCACUGCAACUGGACAGCGGCAUCACCGUGGCAACCAAGGAGAGCACUGAGGAGCUGGCCGAGUACCUGGCCAAAUUCACUCGUGCACUAGCCGAGCGGCCACACAGGGAGGCCAAACAGAGCCGUCCACUGCAACACCUGGCCCCCGGCUCGCUCUCCAAGCACGACAGCCUCAGGCGCACCUGGCAGGCGCAGCUGGAGCAGUUUGCCAGCGUCAGUCGGGACGUGGCCGAGGCCAUUGUCUGCCAGUACCCCGCACCCAAGCUCCUUCUACAGGCCUACCAAGCGUGCAAGCAACGUGCAGAAGGAGAAACGUUACUGGCAGACAUACAGGUGCGAAGAGGUGCGGGAGUGCUGCAAUCGACGCGACGCGUUGGACCCGUCGUGUCUGGCCGCAUCUACCGCUUUUUUGUGGCGACGGACCAGAAUGCCUACUUUGAUUGAGCAGGCCUUGUCAUAUGAAGUCCCCACUGGUGAAGAAGCCCGGCGCAAGACGUUCCAGCACAAAUGGCUCGACUUCCGGUGCUUCAGAUUGGUGGCUGUGCAAUGAUGAAUUGCUGCGUGCCUCUGAUCUUGCUGUAUCGCCAUGUCCGAAGUUACGCUCAUCAGUUCAAAGUAAAGCCCGGGUUUCAUGCCAGCUUAGUGGUAGCAAUGGCUGACUACAUGUUCUACAGAUGGCAGGAGGGCUUGCCCAAUGCAUGUUACUGAUUCAUCCAAGAAGUUUCCAUCACGGCAAGUGUCAUGCAGUGAGUGAUCAGAGGCCGACGGCGGGGGAGCCUUGCAAUAGCAUUUUCUGGUUGAUGGACCAUAACCAUAUGCUCAUAGCCAUAGCAUAUGGUGAUCCAUAGCCUUCUCUGCACAGCUCGGAAUUGAUGCGGUGGAUUUCUGGUCGGAACGCUCGAGACAAGGACCCCAUUUGUUGCUGCUUGCUGGAGCAAUAGAAAAAUCUGGAUUGCACUGUGCUCACAUGUAAAUAUGUAUGCGUUUUUGUUACUUGUUGACCAAUAGCACCCGGUUUGCUCUUUUAUUGGUGUAUAUAGUGAGUUAAACUUAAUACAUCGGGUGUUUUUAAAAGGUGAAUGUUAUCUGUGGUAGAGGCUUGUUGUGAGAAUAUGAACUGGUCAAGGUGCUUCAAAUGUUAGAAUUAGUGGGAUCAGUGUGAGUCAGCGGUGCCAUUAUAAUAAGAUGUUUCCUUAUAGCUUUUUAUGAUGAUAUAUGUGCAUGGCAGCCAAAGACCACGAUUUUUCAGGCUGUCUUAGUUCAUCAUGGAUUGGUUGCCUUGUUCAAGUUUCAAAAAGUCUACUGCGCUCUUCAGUAGUCUCACUUGCCUUGCCGCUUUCCCCUCGUUCUACAUGUCAGUGUAUAUUGCUUGCAUGCAGAAGCAUUUUUUCUUCCAAGUGGCGCUGAAAAUGUAAAUGAUGCUGUAAAUAGUUAACUAGUGAGGUGUGGAACUAUGUGCGUGUUUUUCACAGUGUGGCACACUUUCUUUUUCCUCAGGGAAAAUGAGUGAGGUAAUUACAUGUUAUGUAAAUUAAGCUGGGAAGUUCCACCUUUUUGGAACCACUCAGGAAGGCAUCGAUUUAAGCCUAGUCUGGAGAUGGUACUUUUAAUUUUGACCAAUUGAAAUUUUAGAUUGAAAUUUUUACGAUCUAGACUUUAUUGUAGAGUGGUGUCCUUAUUUUAUACUUUUUAUACUCUUUUAUACUUCUUAUAAUUGUGGGAUUUAUGUUUUUAUGUACACUAGUGACAAUUUCAAUGCCGUAAUUGACAGUUAAAAUUGAUGAGUGAACUUGUCUUGUAACAUAGCUCAAAUUUUUUUCUAUUUAUUGUGCAGGUAUUGACUUGUUUUUUGUUUUGGGUGUAAAUAAA